AUGACGGAGCCGAGCCGAGAGCACUCGUGUAGAGCUGAGACCAAGGCUGCAGGGCGCGUCCGUGUUGGGCCGAAACGCACAGGGCCUGCGUUCGUUCCCUACUUUGGCUUCACGAAUGGCUCAACACGAGGGGAGCAGCGGAGCAGUUUCGAUGAGCACGGUGACUGUUGCAAUGGCGUUGCUGCUGCAACUUUUGUUGUUGGCGACUCGAACGGAUGGAACUUGGGCGUGGAGGGAUGGCCUAAUGGGAAGGUGUUUAGAGCCGGUGACAUAUUAACUCCAAGAGGCACCAAAGUGUUCAAUUCAGGCAAUGAUGAGAUCAUGCUCUCAACAGGACACAGCUUCUUCAUAUGCACCACGCCAGGCCACUCCCAAGCUGGGAUGAAAAUUGCUAUCAAUUCCCUCUAG